GUUAACACGGACUGUCAGUCGACGUUUCGGAGGGAACGCGACUGCCCGCGACGAACGCGCCCGCCAUUUUUAAAAUAUUUCGUUCCAUUUUCAAAGUGAGUGAGCGGUGUUAGAAAGGAUUUUCUUAAUCGUCACCCUUACGAUCAUUUAUCUGGACCAGAAUGCCACUUGGCUGCUGACAUCUGAGUGAAUACGUCGUACCGAGUCAUAAGAAUUCUUUUUUUAUUUGAUAAUGGCAUCAAUGAAAUCAUGUGUGUGGACCGCUGUUGGCGUGUUGUGUGUUUUGGGGCAAAUUUUGGGCUUGGACAAUGGUUUGGCGUUGACUCCGCCGAUGGGAUGGCUCGCGUGGGAACGUUUCAGGUGUAACACAGAUUGCAAGAACGAUCCUGAUAAUUGUAUAAGCGACCGCCUGUUCCGAACGAUGACUGAUAUCCUGGUCUCCGAGGGCUACGCAGCAGCUGGUUACGAAUAUAUUAACGUGGAUGACUGCUGGCCUGAGAGGGAAAGGGACCCUCGUGGUCGAUUGGUGCCAGACAGAGAACGUUUCCCGUAUGGCAUGAAGAGUUUGGCGGAUUACGUACACAGCAAAGGCCUGAAGUUUGGUAUCUAUGAAGAUUAUGGUAACUUCACGUGUGCCGGAUAUCCGGGUGUCGUCGGCCAUCUUGCUGGAGAUGCGGCAACCUUCGCGGCAUGGGGCGUAGACUACGUAAAGCUGGAUGGAUGCUACGCACUCCCAGCUGAUAUGGACCACGGAUACCCGGACUUUGGCAGGCAAUUGAACGCAACUGGGAGACAAAUGGUCUACUCAUGCAGUUGGCCAGUCUACCAGAUAUACGCCGGCUUACAGCCAAAUUUCUCGUCGAUAAUCGAGCACUGCAACCUGUGGAGGAACUUCGACGAUAUUCAAGACUCGUGGGCGUCCGUCGAGUCUAUCAUAGACUAUUACGGAAACCAUCAGGACGUGAUCGUGCCGAAUGCAGGUCCCGGCCAUUGGAAUGACCCGGACAUGCUGAUCAUAGGCAAUUUUGGUCUAUCGUACGAGCAGAGUAAGACCCAGUUUGCGAUUUGGGCUAUACUCGCGGCGCCUCUGCUGAUGAGUGUUGACCUGAGAACCAUUCGGCCGGAGUACAAGGCCAUCCUGCAGAACCGAAAGAUCAUCGAUGUUGACCAGGACCCACUUGGCAUACAGGGUAGAAGGAUAUACAAGCACCGUGGCAUCGAAAUUUGGUCCAGACCUAUCUUACCGAUCCAAGGCCAGUACUACUCGUAUGCCGUGGCGUUCGUCAACAGACGAACUGAUGGGACACCGUCAGAUGUCGCUGUCACCUUGAGGGAGCUGGGACUUAACAACCCCUCAGGCUACAGGGUUGAGGAUCUUUAUGAGGACGUGGAUUACGGAGUGCUCUCGCCUCAGACCAAGAUCAAAGUGAAAGUGAACCCCUCAGGUAGUGUCGUAAUACUCCGAGCGGACGCGCAGCCAUCGUUUGCAUACAACGCAAUACCCACAAGAACGCCCUAUACACCCCUCAAUGACGUAUUCAGACUUUCCAAAUGAUUGUUAAUUCCAGUGUAAAACGCCAUAAAUCGUUGAAGGAGAGACCAAAACCAACAUUUUUAAAAAGGGACUUUUUCAUCAUCGAAUAAUCAAAGUAUUGUAUGAUAUUUUCAAACCAGGAUUUUUUAAAUUCCCGGUCCCAAAAAGUGAAAUCAUUUACGAGAAAUCAAGCUAAAUGUGUAUCAUGAUUUAAUUAUCGGUAUUACUUAUAUCCCUGAAAUAUGAUUUCUGAUUAUUAAAAUGCUAUAACAUUAUUUAAUUCGUUAAUAAUGUUAUUUUGGUUUAUCUUUUUACGAUUACAAUAGAAUCGACUAUAUUUAAAACAGCGCCAUCUUUCGGCGUUGAGCCCAGUUGAAAUCUAAAUCUACGAGUACAAUAUAGACAAAUAUGCAAUCUUGUUGACGCAGGGCGUGAGAGAUCUCAGUCGUUGGCCGACCCGAAGCCUGAAAUGUUUAUAUUUAUUUGCUUACAUUUUAACUAUAUAUACGUAAAUUCGAUUUUUAACGAAAAAAUAUAAUUACAUAAAUGUCACGUGAUUCAACAUUUUAAUUUAAUGAAUUCGUAUGAAUCAUGCGCAUUCCAAUUGUUUUAAUUGUGUCCAUUAAGUUUUGCGAUAAAUAUCAUUAAUUCGUCAUUAUUGGUUCGGUCGUAAUGCAAUUUUCAAAUUCUUUGUUUUAUGUCAAAUCAAAAGUUGUAAUUCUAGGUUUCGAUUGAAUGUGUUGGUGUGAUGUUACCAAGUGGUUCGCCUUGCCUAGUAAAAGAUAAUUUAUGAUAGUGUGAUGGAAAUAGAUAAUAAUUAUUGCCAUUAUGUUGUACUUAGAAUUAAGGAUGUACAUUUACUUGUCUUAAAUUUAAGAUUUUUUUAGAAAUAAAAUAAUAAUUCUCAA